UCUGGGUCAGCAAGCCUCCAUUCAUCCAGCUUUUAUCUCCCUCGGCAUAGACAUUGACGAGGGCCGAGUCUGGGGCUCUAACCGACGUUGUCUCGAAUUUCUGCGAGCUACGGUGGCCCUCAUCAAUUCUUACGCGUGGAACGAGCACGCCGGUGAUGUACCUGCCACAGGCAGUCUCUCACGGAAUUUUGUGACCGUUUUAGUGCGGCAUGUCACCUUUUUAGAUCAAUGUCGCCCCCUGCCCGUCACCGUACGUAACGCUGUCCAAUUCCUCAAACAGGUGCUUAAUCGCCUGGACUCCAUCACAUCGGCUGACGAAGUGAGUUUUGGGAGUGUUUCUGGGGUUGUCUUUGGUGGACCCCUCCUCCUCCUCCUCCUUUCUGCCUUCGAUUGGAGACCUAUCGCUCCAUGGGUUUUAACUUCCCUGGAUCCGUGCGUUGUAAAAUCUCAUGUUCGAGCCGGUCUGUUGGAGGAAAUUGACCUCUUUGUCCGAGACCGUAUCCGGUUGGCCGGUAAGGCCAUCGCCGCACUUGCUUUGGACUCCAUUCGUCCGGGUGAAUGUGUUUGCACCUAUGGCUACUCGAGUCUGGUGGCCAAGGUUCUCAUUCGCGCAUGGCAGGGAGAAGACAGCACGGAUGAGGUGAAUACAACGCGACGCAACCAUUCCGACUCCACUGCCCGCAAUGGUCGCCUCUUCUCAGUUCUGGUUGUAGACAGUCGUCCGAGUUUCCAUGGACGUGAAAUGUUCUUUAAACUGCGAAAAGCCGGCAUACCCUGUGAACUGACGCACAUUGCAGCCCUGCCGAUGGUAGCCAAAAAGGUGUCGUUAACGAUCCUCGGUGCUCACAGUCUACUCAACAACGGGCAUGUGAUUGCCAGAGUUGGCACUGCUCAGGUAGCAAAUAUCGUCUCUGCCGUAGCGCACACGCCAGUCCUGGUCUGCGCCGAAACCUACAAGUUCUGG